AUGUUCAGCGAGGACUUUUCAAUAUCACAGCUGGCAGUUCCGGCUGUCAGUAUUCUGAUCGGUUUCCUUGCGUACACAUCACAGUACUUCUUCCUGCAUUUCGAGGCCUUGCCACUCACCAAGGAUGAGACAUGGAGAAUCAACAUAUUCGCCUUGUGCAUUUGGAUAUGCUAUUAUCGAGCAUGCUUUGUAGACCCUGGUCGGCUACCGAAAUCUGAAAAGCGACCAGAGCCCAAACACCAAGAAGGUGACGGUCUGACCGGUCGCCAGCGGUGGUGUCGUAGAUGUGAAGCUUACAAACCGCCACGGGCUCACCACUGCAAGACAUGCAAAAGAUGCAUCCCCAAGAUGGAUCACCAUUGCCCUUGGACCUCAAACUGCGUCUCACAUUUCACGUAUCCGCACUUCAUUCGCUUUCUCUUUUACGCAGUUGUCGGAAUGUCGUACCUUGAGAGCUGUCUUUGGCAGCGUGGCUCUUUUGUAUGGAAGAACAGCAACUUGCCCAGCUACCUUGGCCCCAGACUGGGACAGCUCAUCCACCUAUUCAUACUUUUUGUGGUCAACAGUCUGACCGUAUUUGCUCUAUUCGUUCUCUUGCUCAGAAGCCUUUGGUCGCUAGGAACGAACACGACCACCAUUGAAUCCUGGGAGAUUGAAAGGCACGCCACCCUUGUCCGGCGAUCCCGUGUUCUAGGCGGGUACCUUGAAGGCCCAGGGGGAAUACGAAUUCAGAUCAAAAAACAGGAGUAUCCUUACGACAUUGGGAUUUGGGCUAACAUUAAGCAAGGCAUGGGCGGGAGUGCCAAUUUUAUUAGCUGGUUUUGGCCACUUGCUGCAACGCCAGAUCGUCGCACAGGUUGGGAAUAUGAAACCAAUGACUUUGAGGACCCAGGUGUCUCGUGGCCACCGCCAGAUCCUGAUAGGAUUCCCAUGCCUAUCAAUACAAAUCUAGGCCCCAACGCACCUCAACCAUACGCAAAUGUUCAAGAGCAGAUCGAUGCAUUCAAUCGUCGCAAAACUGAAGACAUGAAGCGUUUUACGGCGAAUUCUGGUUUACAGCGCCGCAAGCCCUUCCAUGAUCGUUAUCAAAGAGAUGAAUUUGCUCCAAGCGAAAGCGAUGAGUCUGAACCCCGAUCAGGCAAUGACUCAGACGAAGGCGAAGAGUCCUGGCGCAAUGCCGAAGGAGAACGAUUACGCGACUUCGGUGUCGACGAGGAAGCAGAAUUCUACGAUGAGGAUGAUAUUCCUCUCGGGGUUCUCCUUCAACGCAGACAAGAGCAAUCAUCCAAUUGA